AUGGCCCGCGGUAAACUAAUCUUGAUAGAAGGUCUUGAUAGAACUGGCAAGAGCACACAAACUGAGAAGCUUGUGAAAAGCUUGGGCGACAAUGCCUUGCUUGUCAAGUUUCCCGAAAGAUCCACCCAAAUUGGCGGUUUGAUUGACCAAUACCUUACAAAUCCUGAGUUUCUUCUACCUGACCAAGCCAUUCACUUGCUCUUCUCCGCCAACAGAUGGGAGAUUGCCGAAAGUAUGAAAAGAAGUCUGCUCAAAGGUCAGCACGUAGUGAUGGACCGGUAUGUUUAUUCUGGGGUUGCAUACUCUGCCGCUAAAGACACCAAAGGUAUGGAUUUGAAUUGGUGCUUACAACCAGACAAGGGUCUUCUAAAGCCUGACUUAACCCUAUUUCUCACCAAUAGCGACAGCGAACUACGACAAGGUUUUGGAGAGGAACGUUAUGAGUGUACAGAUUUCCAGGAUAAAGUUCGCGGUCAGUUCGCCGCCAUAUUUGACACUCUAGAAGAUCCUGAUUACAAGAGCAAACACAUCAAGUUUUUGGACACAACACACAAAACAAUAGAAGAAGUGCAUCAAUUGGUAAGGGCAGUGACCAGCGAUUACAUUCAAGGACACGCAGAUGUUAAUGAGUUUAUAUACUUUUGA